GCGGUCACUUGACGUAUCCACUAGCUUGAUUUGUGCGGAUCGCGCCAAUAUUUACGUUAAUCACGGCGCGUUCUAUUUUUAAAAACUUAGUUUUUAUUUUUAAGUGUGCUGGUGACUUUUUGGAUUGCGCGGCGUUUUAUACCAAAGAUUUUUAUUCUGUGAUAGUUUAAAAAAAUAAUAAAAAUGGCAGAUAUUUGCACGUGCAGUGGAUAUUCGAUAACGCAAGGAUUAUACUCCGAAAGACAUGGUUUUUCCAAAAAGCUGUUCGUAGCUAUAUGUGUAUUUGUAACAAUCACUAUGUGUUUAACACCCACCGAAGCGGCCUCGUUGGCGCACAAAGACAGCAGACCAGAAACCAAAGAGUUGGCAGAAUUGUCGUCAGGACUCCAGCGGAACCACAGGCGACGCCAUCAGAGGCAUCUCACGAAAAUGACCAAAGAUGAAGAACAUAUGAUUAAAAUUAUAAGAAUCCUAAAAUACACGAAAAAUGACUUCAGGGAUCACAAGUACAGAGUGAACGAUUCAGAAAUAUACAGGAAUCCCAAAAUCAAAGUGCCAGCGACGAACUUCUUGGAGAUCAAAAGAUUUCUACAGAGUUUCAAGAAUAAAAGUAUAACGGCGAUGGCGCGUGAACACAAAUUCGUGUUCAUUGCUGUAAGGCUGUACAAGUCUCUGUUCAAGUACAACGAAAUAUUCAAAGCGCUUCAGAAGGUCGAGGUGGUGGCUCUGGACGUCUUGUUCAGCGGCUACCAGGCCAGGAGGAAAGAUUUUCUCGGAGAAAUCCUACGAAACCUCAACUACAUCUUGCCAGUCAUCGGAGAUGGCCUAAGAGACUUCAAAAAGAAUGUCGACUUAGCGAAUCCUUUAGGCGAAAAGGAAGAACACAUCUUACGAAGCUUCAGAUCAGAAAUCGAAGCUAUAGACAAGGCUGAAACGUGCCUCAAAUACGAUGGCUCUAUAUUUAGAGGGUAUGGAAUUUUACUGAAGAAAUGGUACUGCUUCGUGACGUCGAAACAAGACAGGACGAGUAGGGAGAAUGCUAGGUGCCGAUCCAUUGAAAGCAAAAUGAAGGCCCCUAAAAAACAUAGGAAACAAAAGAAGAAGCUAAGAACUAGUACUGUUUAAAACUUAAUUGUAAUUGACUGUGGCGUGUUACUUAAGAGUUCAUUGACGAGACAUUUUAAUCUGAAAACUUUAGUGAGACGUGUUUGGGCUGCCAUGAAUUUGCUUCAUGCAAAUCAUUGUAUUUACUGAUUAUUAGAUUAGUUCAUUGUUAAUUAAGUAUCUACUGGGUACAAUUUCUGUGAUAUUUAAUUCUUAAUUUCUAUAUAAUCAUUAAUUUAUUUAUUAGAAUUGUAAGUCGUUGUAUAAGUUCCUCUAUUUUCUACGAUGCCUCUAACUUGUUGCUUUAUCUCAGUAUUCAAUUGUAGUAUUAAUUUAUUUAAAUCUUCUUAUUUAUUAAAUUUCUUCUGAAAUUGCUAUCUUUCUUUCCUUUUAUAAUUAAAUGAUGUGUAAUUGGAAAUUGUAAAUACAAGAUAUUUUUUAUUGUGAUUUGACAAUCGAAGACAGCAUAAAUGUGUGAAACGCUCUUCUAUGUAAUUUAUAUAAUGUAAAGUAUUAUUAGAAGGCAAAAUGAUAUUGCCGAUGUAGCCAAGAAAGACUUUUAGCGAAUAUUUAAGUUACAUAUUAAUUUAUGUUAUUACCUAUUUAUACCUUAAGUAUUUCUUUGAACUGCUGAAAUUCACUUUGAUCUGUAAACCUUGCAAUAUUAUUCCGCAAUCUGAAAUAACCGCCAUACUUUUAAGGUUAAAAAAACAUCUUAAAUCGCAUCUUAGAAAAAGCAUUUAUAGAUCUUGCCAUACACCUUAUCUUCAUGAAAUAUUUUAUACAUUUUCAUAUAUUUUUCAUACAUGACUUAAUUCAACAUUAAGUUGGGCAAUCAUCAUCAAAAUAUUUAGAAAAAAUUAAAUAAUAAUCUUAUUAACUUUAAUUGAAAAUAAUACAAAACUCAUUACUUUAGUAGUUCCUUUAGUUUAGAAUCUCUAAAUACUGAGUGAAUUUCUAGUAGUUCGGUAUUUAUCCCCGACAGCAAAAGGGAGAAUAUGUUUUGUAUUGUGCCGUUGUUGUGACGUCACUAUUAUGCACUGACAAUGAACUGAAACCUAGGUUACACCUACCAGUACAUAAAGGCAGUACAUGUUUUAAUUGACAUUUUUUGUAAUCAUAAAUGAUACACCUUGGUGUAUAAAAAUGAAAUAAAAUAUAAAGCUUUGUAAA